AGCAGACGACAAAAACAUGGAGAGCGCCAAUGGAUAUAUGAGUCAAACAAAUCCUAUUUCUUGUACCAUUAAGCCUCCUGUACCAAUAAAAAUUGGUGAUCAUAAAGUUGAAUUUUUAACAGGGUGUCACGUGAUUGAUGUAACUUUUCCAAAUGUUUUUUAUGUGGAGAUAGGAGAGAUACACUUUAAGAAUUUUUAUACAGCAAAUUUAACUAUUAAAGUUAGAACAAGAACUACAGAGAAAGAGGGUACAUCGACCGAUUCCAAAUGGAAAACCUGUCUAAACAACUAUCAAUUAAUGCCAGAUCCUCAUUCAGAUACAGCAGCCGAAGAAUACUUUGUAAUAGGAAAACAGCACGUUCUAUUUGAUUUAAUAAAUGUAAUAGCAGUAAGAAUAAUAAUACGACAACCAUCGCCAGUUUGGAAAGAGUUUCGUAUAGAAGAAUUAAAGUUUUAUAAAGCAUCUUUAUUCAUACCAAAGGAAGUUAAAUUGCCCGGAUGGUUAAAUGAUAUUACUGAUAAUAAGAUUAAGACUUUUGAUAAUGGACCAAAUGUUGAAGAAUUAUCAAAGGAAAUGCAAAAUCUUAUGGCAACGUCUCAAUUAGCUAAAAGUUGUUCAAACAAUUCAACUAGUAUAAGAAGAUAUGACGUGGACGGAUGCUACGAUAUUAAUUUACUCUCGUAUACAUGAAAUUCUAUAAAAAACAAUUAGGUUUUCUUCUUACCUUCCAUAAAUAUGUGUUCUGUUAUUACUGUCUUUUUUAUCUACAUCUCAUGCUUUUUUUAUAAUUUUAUUUGUUACAAUGCUUUAUUUUAUUGAUUAAAUAAUCGAUAGAAAACAAAUAGGAUAAUACCUUAUUUCUUUAUUGUGAAAUAAUUACAGGAACUUUUAGAAAGGAAAAAGUUCAAAGGUUAUCUUAAAUAUCAACCUUUCACACUGAUAUGCUAGUAGGGAUGAAGGCUGACUUGGGAAUAAGAUUGAAUUUAAAGUGGAUCAUGUGUCUACUUUUUUUGAAAGUUUUAAACCGUCAUCCGUUAUAUAUCUUGUGUUAUUCCCUAUUCACUCUUUCUAUUAAUAAAAUUACUCUUUAUCUUAUGCGUUAUCUUUUAUCUCAUCUAGUGAGUAUAUACUUUUAUUAUAAAAUGACGCUGUAUAUUGACAGAAAGAAGGAAAAGAGUUCUCUAUUGAAAUUGUCAACUAAUAUUUGCUGUUUCAUUUGUUAUAAUUAGCAGACAACUCUGAUUAUUCAUCCAAUUUAUUUAAGUCACUUUUACAAUUUCUAUUUUAUCUUUAGCUAUUAAUAACUUUU